AUGGCUGUCCCUACCAGGCCACUAGGACUCAAUUGCGUCAGUUUUGGGCAAUUCUCAGUGCGAAUUGGCCUAAUACGACCCAUUGCCCACACAAUUCCCACACGAGGACUACACAACCAACCUCGACCCAAUCGAGCUGCCCCAAACCUAAACCUUCAGCGCGAAAUAAGACCAUCAUCUCUAGUAGAAAAGGGUGAACCUUCAAACGCCGUAGAGUUUGUCUUAACAACAUUCGACUCCCUCGUCAAUUGGGCCCGUCAAGGCUCGCUCUGGCCCCUUACGUUUGGCCUUGCCUGCUGCGGUGUCGAAAUGAUGCAUGUUUCCAUGCCGCGCUACGAUCAAGAUAGACUGGGCAUCAUUUUCCGCGCCUCUCCCCGCCAAGCCGACGUCAUGAUUGUUGCGGGAACAGUCACAAACAAGAUGGCUCCGGCGGUGCGACAGUGCUACGACCAAAUGCCUGAUCCGAAAUGGGUUAUCAGCAUGGGUAGCUGUGCCAACGGAGGAGGAUACUAUCACUACAGUUACUCUGUUCUUCGUGGAGUGGACCGGAUUAUUCCUGUCGAUGUGUAUGUACCGGGAUGUCCACCGACCUCAGAAGCGUUAAUGUAUGCUAUUUUCCAGCUGCAGGCAAAGAUGCGCCGUACCAAGAUUACGAGGAUGUGGUAUCGGAGAUAA